AUGUCAAAUACUGCCAAGAAAAUUCACCGCCCUUUAAUAACUUCUGCUAUUCUUAUCGAGACUUCUAUUGGAUCUUUCAUUGUUGAUCUCUACGGUGUUGAUUGCCCUGCAGCAACGGCAGAAGUUGUUAACUUGUGUCGUUCUAAAUACUUUAAUGGAUGUAUUGCGGCUGAAGUGGUUCCUGAUAAUAUAAUUCUCUUUUCACACCCUGUUGAACUCUUACAACGAGAGACAUUUUCAUCACUUGCGAGUAAAGAGUCUAGUCAAACACCAGGUACAUGUAAACUAACAUCAACAACAUCUAAUACUAAUACUAGUACUAGUAUGGACGAGUUGAUGUUUAAAGAAUGGGAAAGUAUGAGAAUGCGUACGGCGCGUUUGCGUCAACAACAAGGAUCGUUAUCCGUAGAAUAUGUACAUCAUUCACAGUUAGAUGCGGUUGGUUCAAUACGGCAACGAGGUUUAUUGUUAGUUGAGGUUCCACAACUUUCAACUGGGGAAUCUAAUAGUAGUAACAAUAACAAUCGAAUGAGUCGACUAGUGCUAACACUAAGUAAUCGACACUUGGAAUACUUUGAAAAUCGUUUUAUGGUUGUGGGUGAAGUACGAGAAGGAAUUCGUGUUAUUGAAAAAAUGCGGGCAGCACCUCAUGGACGUAUUUCAUCUGCAGCAGCUGCUUCUUCUUCUGUUGUUGGUGUUGCCAGCACUCGCCCUACACGACUUGUACGCAUUAAACAUACCACCGUUCUUUCAACACCUGGAACUGAAGUAUUUACAGAUCUUCACAGCACUACAGCUGAGUUAACAGGAGAUGCAAAGACCAUGUCGUAUGCUUUUACAAAAACUGGUUGUUUUCGUUAUUGGGCAUCAAAGGAACAAGUGCAGGCUGCGAAUAGAAGACUUGUAUCUCUUAUACAAAAAUCUCUUACCUCUACUUGUACAGAUUCAUCUUUUAUACUCUCCCCCCAAAACUCUGGUACACCAGAGACGGAGGAGAAUAACACUAUUAUCUCUGUUGAGUACAAUCCCCACUUCCACGGUGACUUUCUCAGCUCUGAUGAUGAGGGCGAUGUGAAUAAGAGCCGAUCUGUUACUGCAGUGCGUGAUGCCUGGCAGCAGGAGCGCCUUAAUGAGACGCGGACGUUAGUGCUUGGACUUCUCGAUGGUGUUCCCGACGCGGCGGAUCUGCGGCCACCGGCGAAUGUUCUUUUUGUCUGCCGAUUGAAUCCCCGCACAACUGCCGCUGGACUCGCCUCUUGUUUUGCGCAGUGUGGGGCUGUGCGGACUGUUGAUAUGCCGCGGGAUGUGAACAGCGGCCGCACGUUGGGAUACGCCUUUGUGGAGUUUGAGAGCGAGACGGCGUGCCACACCGCGCGGCAGCGAAUGGACCGCGCCCUCGUGGACGAUCACCGCAUUCACGUGGACUAUUCACAAUCAGUGUCGAAGUUGUGGGCGCAGCGACAGCGAGAGGCCCGUAAGCGGCAGCGGGAGUAA